GCUUCUUUUUCGCCCGGGCGCCACGUGCAACGCUUCGGACGAAGCCGGCCUUGAUCCGGCGUCGGUGGCGGCACCUAUCCAGGUAGAUGCCUCUGGCGCUUGGGCUGCCGUUCCAGUUGGCGCAGCACCGGGGCCCGCCUUAGACAGUGGACUCUACGUGGCGUGCCUGUGCGCGGACUUC